AUGGAAGACGUGAAUGAUGUAUUGUUAGUGGAGUCUAAUAAUGAGAAUGUUGCAGAUAAUAUGAACAAGAUUGAAGAUGAAACAUUAGGACAAAAUGGUCUAAUUGUUCCGGAGGUGGGUAUGAUGUUCAACAACGAAACAGACAUGUUUGAGAUAUACAAGAGAUAUGCUUAUGAUAUAGGAUUUCCUGUUAGAAGACGGAACUCAAAAAAAUGGGAUGAUGGCAUUCUGAGAUAUGUAACUUUCACAUACAAUCGUGAAGGUAGAAGAGGUGGUAAUGCGAGUAGGUCUUUAAAGCCUAAAUCAAUAAGUCAAACUGAUUGUAAAGCAAGAAUCUCAGCCUCCUCAGACAAUCAUGGAAGGUGGAGAAUUAACAUAGUCCACCUCGAUCACAACCAUGAAACUAGUCCUUCUAAAUCUAGGUUGCAUCGAUGCAAUAGGGAGUUGAAUGUAAAUGUGAAACGUAAACUUGAAGUGAAUGAUGUGGUAGGAAUUUUGUUACAUAAAAGUUACAACUUCGCAGUUGCACAAGUAUGUGGAUAUGAGAACAUGAUGUGUAUAGAGAAGGAUUGUAGAAACUAUAUUAAACAAGUUAGACGUUUACGACUUGGAGAGGGAGACGCAACUACAAUACAAUCCUACUUUUCGAAAAUGCAAGCAAAGUGCUCGAGAUUUUACUUCAGCAUUGAUUUAGACGACGAGUCUCAGCUAAGGAAUGUUUUCUGA